UCUACUCAGCGCAAAAAAAAAAAAAAUCUGAUGAACGCCAUUAAGGCUACCAUUUUCGUUUUCUAAUCUAGAUGAACUCUCUUCACCGUAUUGUAGGAUCGAUCACCAGAGCAACGAUCACGCACCCAAUCUCCUCUAGGGUUCCGCACACCGUCCCUUCAAUCCUCGCCGAUUUCAUGUCCACAAAGCCCCGAAACGACGACGACGACGACAAAUGGAACGACGCGUGGGAAUCAGCUUGGCUUCCCGACGAUCUCACCGACAAGACCCGAGCGCCGUGGGAGACGGACGUGAACUUCCCUUCCACGGAGGGGGAAAUCGACGUGGAGGCGAAGGCGUUCGUGGAGGAUAUGAACGAGCACUGGGACGAGAGGAGAGGGAAGAGCGGGAAGAAGGAGGAGGAGAAGAAAGAGAGGAAGGAGAUCGGAGGAGGAGAGUCGCUGUACAGCGUGGAGACGAUGAAGAAGGAUUAUAGGUUGAAGAAGCAGAGAGUUCACGCGUCUUUGUGGGUUAAGGAGAUUGAGAAGAUGGAGGAAGCUAAGUUGGGGGAUGAUUCUGGAUCUGGUGGUGGAGGUGCUGAUGAUAUCGAUAGGCUUCUUGAUAGCUGCUCUGAGAUUUUCGACUCGGUAGACCAUGAUUUCGACAAAUUGGAAGUCUCAAGUGGAUCAGAAUUGAAAAACAAGCCUGAUGGUUGGGAAUCAACAACAAAGGAACAAGAUGGAAAUCUCUGGGAGAUGUCACAAAGAGAAGAAGACAUUCUUCUCCAAGAAUUCGAUCGCCGCAUUUCCUUCUGCAAAUUUCAGAUAGCUAGUUUUAUAAAGCAACACAUAUUCAGCAGGAGGAGACCGAUUGAUGGGUGGAGAUAUAUGAUCGAAGUGAUUGGUCCAAAUGCUAGAAAAGGCAAAGGCAGUGUUUCUAGGCUCCCUGCUUUGUCCGAUGUUUCGACUCAACCCUUUAAAGAAGAAACUGGUAGUCUCAGUACCUUCAAGCGUCGGUCAAACAGAGAUUUGUGAGACUUAAGAAGGAGGAGUUCAUGACAAAUGACAGUGGUUCUAUAAGUGUCACAAUGUUGUGAGAUUGUUUACAGGGAUCUACAGAUUAUGUCACGUUAAAGACAAUACGCUUUAGAUCCUUAGUUUGCAGAUAUGAAUCUGAUGUUGUGAACUGAAGAGUUACAGUUAUUUUAUAUGUAUGAUCUAAGUUUCAUUUUUUGAACA